CUCCAUCCUUUGGGGUGCCACAGCACAUGGAUUUCAGAACUACCUGUGAGGAGACAAAGACAGGGGUUUGCUUGCUACAGGAUGGUAAUCAGGAACCGUUCAAAGUCCGGCUGCACCUAGCCAGAGAUCUUCUGAUUCUUCAGGAGCAGGAUGUGAUAUGCGUGUCUGGUGAGCCUUUCUAUUCUGGUGAAAGAACGGUGACGAUCAGAAGACAGACAGUGGGAGGAUUUGGACUGAGCAUCAAGGGAGGAGCAGAGCAUAACAUUCCAGUUGUCAUUUCAAAAAUCUCCAAAGAACAGAGAACGGAACUUUCGGGACUGCUCUUUAUUGGGGAUGCAAUUUUACAGAUAAAUGGGAUUAAUGUGAGAAAAUGCAGACAUGAAGAAGUGGUUCAGGUUCUCAGGAAUGCUGGAGAAGAAGUGACCCUAACAGUGUCAUUUUUAAAAAGAGCCCCUGCUUUCCUCAAACUCCCAUUGAAUGAAGACUGUUCCUGUGCUCCAAGUGACCAGAGCAGUGGCACCUCUUCUCCUCUAUGUGACAGUGGCUUGCACCUCAAUUACCAUCCCAACAAUACAGACUCGUUGUCGUGCUCCUCCUGGCCCACAUCUCCAGGUCUGCGGUGGGAGAAGCGGUGGUGUGAUCUGCGGCUCAUCCCUUUGCUGCACUCCAGGUUCUCCCAGUACGUGUCUGGGACCGACCUCAGUCGGCAGAACGCCUUUCAAGUUGUUGCUGUGGAUGGUGUCUGCAGUGGAAUUAUUCAGUGCCUCUCUACAGAAGACUCUAUUGACUGGCUACAAGCAAUAGCAACUAAUAUUUCAAACCUCACUAAGCACAAUAUUAAAAAAAUCAACAGAAACUUUCCUGUAAACCAGCAGAUAGUCUACAUGGGUUGGUGUGAAGUGCGGGAGCAGGACCCCCUGCAAGACAAAUUGUACUCUCCAACAUUUCUCGCCUUGCGGGGUUCAUGUCUUUACAAGUUUCCAGCACCUCCAGUGACCACCUGGGACUGGACUCGAGCAGAGAAAACAUUCUCAGUUUAUGAGAUUAUGUGCAAAAUUCUCAAGGAUAGUGAUCUGCUGGACCGGAGGAAACACUGCUUCACUGUGCAAUCUGAGUCUGGAGAGGACCUCUAUUUCUCUGUGGAGUUAGAGUGCGACCUUGCCCAGUGGGAGAGAGCCUUCCAAACAGCCACCUUUCUAGAAGUGGAGCGGAUACAGUGUAAGACUUAUGCAUGCGUGCUGGAGAGUCACCUCAUGGGCCUCACCAUUGACUUCAGCACAGGAUUUAUCUGCUUUGAUGCAGCAACAAAGGCUGUACUUUGGAGGUAUAAAUUUUCUCAGCUUAAAGGCUCUUCAGAUGAUGGCAAGAGCAAAAUCAAAUUUUUGUUCCAGAAUCCAGAUACUAAACAGAUUGAAGCAAAGGAGUUGGAAUUUUCAAAUCUAUUUGCUGUUCUUCACUGUAUUCAUUCAUUCUUUGCUGCCAAAGUAGCUUGUUUGGACCCUCUAUUUUUAGGCAACCAGGCUACUGCUUCUGUUGCUUCCAGCUCUGCUACUACAAGCAAGGCAAAGUAUAUGACUUGACAUACUGAUGUCUGCCUUGACACUUACCAUGACUAGAUAAACAAAGAAAUGUAUUCAUCCUUUACACCUUGGAGAAAUAGUGAUGUCAUCAAGUCAACAAUGGAGUCAGAGUGAAGUUUCAGCAGAAAAAGAGGUCAUGAGGUAUCUCUAGCAUGUUGCUAUUCUGGAAGGCAUCUGUAAAUAAUCCAAAAGGAACAAAACUGCCAGUUCUCAUUUGGUUGAUUUCUACCAGUUCACUGCUUUCACAAAAUUAAA